CACUUGACCCAAAAUAAAAAGAAAAUCGCAUGUGUAUAUCUGUCCUUUCCUUACCAAAGUUUCUACUAGGUUUUAAUUUUCUUCGUCUGUACAGCAGCAACGAGACCACAGAGAUGAAGCUAUUGAACAAUAAUAGUCUCAUCGUUCUCCUUCUUUUGCUGAUUUUGGCAUUUACCGAAGUAUCAUCCCUUGAAGAAGGGUACAGCAGAGAUGAUUUCCCUCCAGGAUUUGUCUUUGGUUCUGGCACAUCAGCCUAUCAGGUAGAAGGAGCUGCUGAGGAAGACGGGAGAACUCGUAGCAUUUGGGAUGUUUUUGCUCAUACAGGACACUCUGGAGGAGCAACAGGGGAUGUUGCAUGUGACCAAUAUCACAAAUACAAGGAAGAUGUGAAGCUCAUGGUAGACAUUGGAUUGGAUGCUUACAGAUUUUCCAUAUCCUGGUCUAGGCUUUUACCAAGUGGAAGAGGACCAGUGAAUCCCAAGGGGUUACAAUAUUACAACAAUCUUAUUGAUGAGUUGAUCACUCAUGGAAUCCAGCCGCACGUUACAUUGCACCACUUUGAUCUUCCACAAGUCCUAGAAGAUGAGUAUGGAGGUUGGCUCAGCCGAGAAAGCGUGAGAGACUUCACAGCUUAUGCAGAUACUUGUUUCAAGGAGUUUGGAGAUAGAGUGUUGCACUGGACUACAUUGAACGAACUCAACGUGUUUGCACUUGGUGGGUAUGACCAGGGAGUAACACCUCCUGGUCGAUGCUCUCUUCCAUUUGGACUUAACUGUACCGAAGGAAACUCUUCCACUGAGCCUUACAUUGCUGUACACAAUAUGUUGCUUGCACACGCUUCUGCCACAAACUUAUACAAGAAACAGUACCAGCAUAAGCAGCACGGUUCGGUGGGCCUUAGCAUAUACACAUACGGUGCUGCCCCCUUACGUAACUCUACAGAGGACAAGCAAGCAACAGCUAGAUUAAAUGACUUCUUUAUUGGUUGGGUCUUACAUCCGCUGGUGUUUGGAGAUUAUCCUGAGACGAUGAAGACCAAUGUUGGGUCUAGAUUACCUGCUUUUACAGAGGAUGAGUCUGAACAAGUUAAGGGUGCAAUCGAUUUUGUAGGAGUGAUAAACUACAUGGCACUUUACGUCAAGGAUAACUCUUCCUCUCUGAAACAAAGUCUCCAUGAUUUCAACAUAGACAUGGCUGUGGAACUGACCUUGGUUGAAAACACAUCUUUCAAUAAUGAGUAUGCAAAUACACCAUGGAGUCUGCAACAAGUACUGCUGUAUAUCAAAGAAAACUAUGGCAACCCUCCUAUCUACAUCGCAGAGAAUGGUCAGAUGACUCCUCAAAGCUCAUCACUCGAGGACACGUCGAGAAUACAGUAUCUGAGCUCACACAUUGAAGCAGUGCUACAUUCACUCAGCAGGAAAGGAGCGAACGUAAGAGGGUAUUUUCAGUGGUCGUUGAUGGAUUUGUAUGAGGUAUUUGGAGGGUAUAACAUGAGUUAUGGAUUAUAUUACGUGGACUUCAAGGAUCCAUAUCUAAAGAGGUACCCUAAACUCUCUGCUCACUGGUACUCUUCCUUUCUGGGAGGAACUCUUCAUCAUCGGUCGCAUGCUUUAUCUUCAGCUAUCUGAUCAUUUAAUGUCUGAGACGAUUUUAUACUGUAUGGUUUAAAAUAAUCCCUAGGCUUCAGUGGACGUGUGACUUGCGUAUGAAGCAACAUUUAUGUCUUAUGAUUAAUUGAAUACUUUUGCUGGGA